AUGUCGCUCUGGGGUAGUCAGAAGCGUCCGAAGGACAAGCUCGACAUCAGCGGGCUGAAGGAGUUCAUGCAGAUUCACGUCUCCCUGCGCAAGUUCUACUUCGACCUCCUCUACCCUCCCGGCCCCAACGGCCGCCGCCGCGCCAUGUUGCGCUUGGGCGCCCUUUGGUGCGAGAGCUUGGGCGCGAAAGGAGCGCCGUACCGGCUUUGGUCUUGUUUGGCACCGCCCUUGGUGGUUGUGACUCUCCCAGUGGGAGACCCGAUGCACAAGCAUCCAGCCCUUGGCUUGCAGGUACAAGAGGCCAGCGCGGUCUUCUCUGCCGCGCCAAAGGACGGUCCUGAACUGCGGACCUUCAUGCUUUUUGACGAGCACAUCAGCAGAGAGAAGUCGCAAAAAGCUGGGCUUUCUCGUCCAGUUUUGCAGCUCCGUGCUGCAAAGCUGAAACCCAACCCUAUCUCGGAGGAGGAGGCUCGAGCAACCCCUUGGGGACGCACAGGCGUGAAGUCGAUUCCAGCUCCGUGGCGGAUGGGCGUUUGCGUGGAGCCCUUCCGCGCGACGAUAUGCAAGUCCUUCAUCUUGCGCGUGAAGGAUUUCUUGUGGUCGUAUUUGAUUGUGCCCAACCUGGACCCAGCAGAGCUGACGAAGCGGGCAGAUCCCAGUGCACGGACCCUAGAAGAUCCCUGCCAUUUGUGGGUCCAGCUGCAGGAGAUCCGCAAGAAGCGACACCAGCGUCACAGGCAUUUGAAGUUUGGACGACGAGCCUUGGUCGACAGCGAUGCGAUACGUGGUCCCUUUGCGGAUGGGCAACGCUUUUUUGGGACGGUGAUCUUCCCGGGCGGCUUCUCAGCCACAGUGCUGGAGCUCUACCAUGAGAACAGGUGGAUGCGUUUAACCAUCAAUGCACCUCCGGGCAUGAAUGAGUUUCAUCGUCUGGGAUGGCCAGUGGAUGGAAGCGGUGGAUACCGUCCCUUCGGGGCACUGGAGCCUUGUCGCUCCAUCGAUGGCUGGUGGUUCGAAACGGAGGAGCAAUCACGGCACUUCGCUCAAGCGCAAGCAGACGGCGGCAGAAUGGAGGGUUCAGCCUGGGAGGCCACGGAAAUGAUUGAUGUGGAGCAUUUCUCCGCCCUGGCCGGGCAGCCGCCCCGCUUGGCGGGGCGAGGGCUGCCGCGGCAGGCGCUUCAGCCGUCGAAGGUGGCCUCCGAACAGGUGGCUGAAAGCAAGGAGAGGCCGACGCCGCUGCCAGGUUGCUGGACCCACGGCCAUCAUUGCCACCAGCAUGGCAGUGGAGAUUGGCCGGAAUGCCGCCGCGCGGCUCGCGGCCUCCAUGCCCUCGUGUGGGCAGGUGGAGAAAGCCGCACUGCCAACGCAGCCCCGCCAGCGGAAGCGUCGCUCAUCGCUGUCAUUGCCGACAGGGACACCGCAGCGCGUCGGGCCCUUCAAGACCUUGGAGGAAGCAGCGCUCACGGUGACGAUGGAGGUUUUGCCCAAGGGUGCCUUAGGUUUGCCAGCCCCAUCGCUGCUUCCUGCUUGGUGGGAAGAACUGGGCUUGGUGCGGUCAGAUGUCUCAAUUGCAUCGCGCUGAGCCUCAGGGGGGAAGAGCCUACUGCUGCCUUCUCGCAGGGAUGUGCUGCUGCGUGCCCAGCAGGAUUCAUGCUGCAAAGCCCGUGCAGAACAGUCAUGUGGCCUCAUAUCAAGUACACCGAGCAUGGUAUGUUCCGUGCUUGA